UUUUGGUUGGUAGCCAUUAAUUUCAUUUCCUGAGCAAAGUGGGCUCGUUGCUAACACCCAACCGUCGAAGGAACGAACGAAGAUUCGAAAAGGUUUAGUGCGUUUCACGAUACCGCGUGUGACUGUGACACGACCCGGCUAAUUCCGGUUCCUGUUGAGUGGCGUUAGUUCUAGCGGUUUCGGUAGGGUUGCGGAGUAAUAACACGCUGCAGGAAUAAAAAAAUCAGAAACAGUGACAAUGACAACCGGAGCUAAGACGGAAUCCGAGUGCGAGGUGCCCGACUUUGUCGAUGCGCCCGGCUAUCUGGACCCAUUUUCGCGCCGCUAUAUGAUGAAGCAGUUUGUCGCGGCAUUGCCGGAACCGGCUCAACAGCGCGUCAAGGCGCUCAAGCAUCUGCAAGUUGAGUACACCAAACUUGAAGCCAGUUUCUUCGAGGAGGUGUACCAGCUAGAGUGCAAAUAUCAGCAACUGUAUCAACCAAUUGUCGACCGACGAAAGGAGAUCGUGGCCGGCAAGGUAGAUCCCACGCCGGAGGAAUCGAGCUGGGUGGAUCCACCGCGCAAGGACGAGAAUGAAGAGGGCGAAACGGAGGAGGAAGACGAGGAAAUUAACGAGAGGUUGAAGAAGAUGGCGCUAAAUUAUCACAAGGAGCUACCUACGAACGGACAGGGCAUCCCGAACUUUUGGCUGAUGGUGUUUAAGAACACCGAAGCGCUGGCCGAGUUGGUCCAUCCGCAUGACGAACCGGUUUUGGAAUUUUUGCGCAAUCUGAACAUUGUCUAUGAAAAAGAUCCUAUGUCUUACGUGAUCGAAUUCCAUUUCGAUACCAAUCCGUAUUUCAAAGACACUGUUCUUACAAAGAAGUACUUCUUGCGCUGCAAGAUCGACAAGGACGAACCGUUCAGCUUCGAAGGUCCGGAAAUUUACAAAUGUACCGGUUGCCCGAUUAAUUGGAACCCGGGCAAGAACGUGACGGUCAAGACGAUAAAAAAGCAGCAGAAGCAUAAACAGCGCAACGCAACGCGGAUGAUCAUGAAAACGCAACCGACUGAAUCGUUCUUUAACUUUUUCUCGCCACCGCGCGUCCAGGAGGACGACACACUGGAUCCGGAAACACAGUUCCUGAUCGGGCGUGACUUCGAGGUUGGGCACUUCCUACGUGCACGCAUUAUUCCGAAAGCCGUCCUGUACUAUACUGGCGAAGUGAUGGACGACGAAGACGAUGAUGAUGAUGAGGAAGAGGAAGAAGAGGAGGAUGAGGAGAUCGACGAUGAAGGAGAGGCUGAGGAGGAGGAGGACGAGGAUGAAGAGGAGGAAGAAAGUGCACCGAAGCCACCGGCGGCCAGUAGCAAUCGGGCGAAAAAGGCGAAAGGUGGUCGCGGGCAGGGUGGUGGUGGGGGUGGUGGCAGCACGAAAAAGGGCGAACAGCCGCCCGAAUGUAAUCAGCAGUGAGAUAUCAGCGAACUGGUGGGUCAAUUCUUGGGAUAUCAAAAACUGCACGUGUUUUUAAGAAAACCCCAAUCAUCCUAUUUAAAGCUACUCCUCUAAUAAUUAUCGUCUAAUUAUUUUUUUCGUCCUUGAAACGUUUUUGUCCGGGAUCUUAGAGAAGGAUGUAUUUUGCAUUGAAGUUUUGUUGACGAGGUUGGAAGCGUUAAGCGCACGCCUUUCGGUAGUAUAAAACAAAAACAUCAUCCACAAGCAGGGAAUCGGAAGGCCAAGUCUUCAGCAUGUGUUAAUUCUAUCGAUUUAAGGAAAACAGGCCGAAAUUGAAUUGAUACAACAAAACCAGUCAGUGAGCAGAGGAAGCUUACAGAUGUUACGAGCAAACAGGAUCAUCGAGAAGGCAAAACUCCUUCUUCCAUAAUUAAAUUUGUUCUUUAUGGUGCGUCAUGUCCGGAAAAGAAUCUUUUGUAUUCCUGGUAUCGAAAUACUCUAGCAUUGCUAAGUUUCGUACGAAGUUAAGUUGUCUAUUUUACAUUUCUACAGUUAACCAUUAUAUCCAUUUUGCACAUGCGCUCACUUUAAAACAGAUUAAUGGUACGUCAGAAACUCGCUCGCACGAUCGUUGACGGUGCGGUGACAAAAAGUUUCUUGGUCGUCAGCAACACAAGGGCCGAGCGCUGGGACAACAAUAUUCAUUUCAAAUAAACAAGGUUAGCAAAACAGUUCUUGCGUGCAUUGCAGCACUGACCGAAAGCACACGUGGGGUGCAGCGCGCAGAAAGCAAAAAUAAAUAUACAUCUGCAAAUCUUGCGCAGCCACAGUACCAUUUUUCUUUCCAUUGUAAUAAAUCGUAAAGAUCGACUUAAAGCAGAACAACACGUAACGGAAGCUAUACACUAAUAAAAACUAGUAUUUAUGUUAUCAGGA